AUGCUGACCUCAACGCUGUUCCUCGGUCUCCUGGCCGUUGCGGCAGGUAGAGCCCUUCCAGGAGUUCAGCGCAGCAGAAGCCAGGACACCUUCGAGAACCCGAUCCUGUACGAGGACUUCCCGGACAACGAUAUCUCGCUGGGACCCGACGGGGCGUACUACUUCUCAGCCUCCAACUUCCACUACAGUCCCGGCGCUCCCAUCUUGCGCUCUUACGAUCUCGUGGACUGGGAGUUUGUCGGGCACUCGAUCCCGCGUCUCGAGUUUGGCGACGGCUAUGACCUCCCACCUUCCGGCCAGCGGGCCUACCGCGGUGGUACCUGGGCCUCAACCCUCCGCUACCGCAAGAGCAAUGGCCUCUGGUACUGGAUCGGCUGCACCAACUUCUGGAAUACCUGGAUUUACACGGCUCCAGCCCCUGAAGGACCCUGGACCCGCCGCGUCUGGCUUGGUAAUGAAGUAUGUUACUACGAUCUUGGCCUGCUGAUUGACGAUGACGACACCAUGUACGUCGUCUAUACCGUCGACGGCGGCCGCCAGGUUAAUGUGACGCAGCUCUCAGCCGACGGCCUCUCGCCCGUCCGUUCGCAGGGUGUUCUCUGGCCGGAGCAGGUCGGUGUUGACUCGGUGGAGGGAAAUCGGCUGUACAAGAUCAACGGCACGUACUAUAUCCUGAACGACAGGCCCGGUUCAACAGCCUACGUCUGGAAGUCGUCCUCACCCUGGGGCCCUUAUGAAGGCAAGCCCCUGGCUGAUAACGUCCCUGGCCCUGUCCCAGGCGGCGGUGCGCCGCACCAAGGAUCUCUGAUCCCAACCCCGUCCGGAGACUGGUACUUCAUGUCCUUCACCUGGGCCUUCCCCUCCGGCAGACUCCCCGUCCUCGCCCCCAUCGAAUGGCAAGCCGAUGGCUUCCCGACCCUGAUAACCGUCAACGGAACUUGGGGCAAGACAUACCCACGUCCGCGGGGCCUCCCCGCAAAGCCGCUUCGUUUCCCCUGGACAAGAACAUACACCUUCUCCAACAAGACCUCCACCUCCCUCCCACCAACGUUGGAAUGGAACCACAACCCCGACAUCUCCUCCUUCUCUAUCACAAACAACGCCCUCGUUCUGCGCACCGCAACCGUCACCAACGACCUAUACAGUGCCCGCAACACCCUCACGCACCGCGUGCAUGGCGAGUAUCCCAAGGCGACGCUCAAGCUGGAUGUGAGGGGGAUGAAGGCGGGUGAUCGAGCGGGGCUGGCCGCGUUCAGGGACCAAAGCUCGUAUGUGGCUGUUGAGAAGACGAGUGACGGGGGUUAUGAGAUUGUGGGAUUGUUCGGGACGGUGCUGGAUGAGUGGGGGAGCGGGGCGACGCUGGAUUUGGGGAGGGAGGUUGAGAGGGUUAAGGUCAGUGUGGGCAAGAAGGGGGAGGUUUGGUUCCGGCUGUCGAUGGAUGCUCGUCCUAAUGGGACCAGGCAGGCCAAGUUUGAAUGGAGCUUGAAUGGGAAGAAGUUCACAGCGUUAAAAGAGACUUAUGAGCUGUAUACUGGAUGGCCGUUCUUCCUUGGGUAUAGGUUUGGUAUCUUUAACUAUGCCACGAAGGCUCUUGGCGGAGAGGUUAAGGUUCUGGAGUUCAAAACGGAAUAA